AUGGCAUGCCUUCCUGGCUGUUUACUAUGCACAUUUACUUUAUGUCUCGGUCUCGUAGCAGCUGCCAUUGCUGUGGCUCUUGCAUUGACCUUAAGUGGUAAAAUCACGACAACAGCAACAACGAUAACAACAACAACAGCAACUACAACAACAGCAACAACAACGACGACAACAACAACAACGACGACGACGACCACAACGACAACAACACUAACAACAACAACAACGACGACAACAGAAACGACAACAACAACAACAACGACGACCACUACAACAACCACAACGGAGACGACAACAACAACAACGAUAACGACGACCACAACGACAACAACAGAAACGACAACAACAACAACAACGACGACCACUACAACAACCACAACGGAGACGACAACAACAACAACGACGACGACCACUACAACAACCACAACGGAGACGACAACAACAACGACGACGACAACGACAACAACAACGACGACGACAACGACAACAACAACAACGACCACAACGACCACAACGACAACAACAACAACGACAACAACAACAACGACAACAACAACGACGACAACAACAACCACUACCGGUAAGUGA